UAACAUGCUAGACGCUAGUUAUUGUUAGAAUUGUCAUUACUUUAAAACUAAAUAUUAUUAAUUAAAUCGUUUAAUUAAACGAUUUGUCGAUAUAAUUGCUAUAAAUUAGACUUUAUUUAUUUAUCAUGGUAAAAACAUUACGUUGAAUGGGUUAAAUUUGCUUAAAAAGGGAAAACUACAUGAAUAUGGCUGAUAUCUUUGAUAUCACAUCUUCGAAAAAGGCACGAAGUUCUUAUGACGACUCCAGUGGUAAAUACAAGUCCGAUUGGGAUUUAAAAUUAAGAAGAGAUCCACGAUUAAAGUCACCACCAAGUCAUGAUAAAGAAGAGCCAUCUAAUAGAUCACAAAGCUUACGUGAUCCACGACAAUCAAAACAGGACGAUUCAAACUUACAACAACAAACACAAGACAAUUGGAUGCCGAAUCAAAUUGAUUAUAGACAAGUACAGACACAAUAUAGUAUUGUACGCGAUUCAAAUGUGCCUAUAAUGCCUUCCAUGUACAAUGAACAACAGCAACGUCAGCAACAACAACAGCAGCAGCAACAACAACAAUAUAAUACUGCUUAUCCCACAUCAAUAUCACAACCACAAAGUAACCAAUAUCCGUACCACUCUGGAGAUGUAUCACAUGAGCAUCGAAUGCAGCUUUCUUCAAGUGGGAUGCAACAAGAUUAUUCGCAAAAUCAAUAUCAAAUGUCUUCUGCCUACUAUCCGAAUAUGAAUACUAAUGAUGGCAACUACAUGCAAGCUCCACCUCCACCAACUUGGCAAAGCCAAGGACAAACAUCACCAGAAUUUAGAGAUGUGCCACGACCUCCACCACCGCCACGCAUGAAUAUUCAACAGCCACCACAGCAAGCAUCGUCACGAGAAUCAUCGCAACAACGUAAUCAACCCGAGCAAUCAAAUAAUGAUGAUUUAAAGAAAGAAGCAGCGAUUGCGCAAGAAGUAAAACAUCAACGUGCAACACUACGCAAACAACGUGACGAAUAUUUUCAAAAGGCAUCGCUUUUAAAACGUGAAUUGGAUGUACUACAAACACAAAAGGAAGAGCUAUUAGCGGAAGUUGGAUCUGGGAGUAUUCCACGUGAAACACAACGAAUACUCAAGGAAAAUCAUAAAUUACAGGUUGAAAUACAAACCAAAUUAAAAGCAAUUAAUAAUGUCAUUGAAAUGUUAUCGGGGAUUAUUGGCGAGGAUGAUGAUAAAGGUUAUAAACAACAAUCGACAACAUCGGAACGAAGUAAUAGUCCAAUGGAAAAUAUGUUAAGUAUAACACAAACUUUGGAUUCAUCACGUCCUAUAUAUAAUUUUGUCCACUAUGAUCCUGAAUUGCAUUGGUGUCGUAUUUGUGACGUAUUCCCUAAUUCAGCUAAAGAUUUUCUAACACAUUUACAAAGUGAGCAACAUUUUAAGACAACUAAACAGCAUCAAUUAGUUGAUAUGCCAUGGCAUAAUGUACCACCUGAACCAGAGUUACCAAGUAAUCCAGAAGGUCCAGUGAAACGAACCCCAAUCAAAGGAAUACAAUUUUUUAUACCGGCACAAGCAUGGUAUUGUAAGCUGUGUGAUAAAUGGAUUGGUGAUUUGCAUUGUGCCUCAACACAUUUAAAAUCUAAAUUACAUAUACAAAAUUUUACUAAUUUUGUUGAACAAAAUCCACAUUGGGAAACUGAUUGGAUAAGUGAUCGUCAAAAAGCAUUUUCUCGUGUUCCAAAUUCAAAAAAGUCGCAAGAAUCAUCUGAUAUAUCAGGCUUACCAGAUUCUCUAAAUGUAUUCGGUAUACCAUCUGAUACAAAAAGUAAAAAACGUAAAAAACAUAGUAAAGACAAACGAGACAGUCGUAGCAGUUCACGUGAUAAAAAGAAAAAGAAAAAAUCGAAAAAAAAACGAAGGCAUUCAAGUGAUAGUAGUUCAUCAUCAUCAAGUUCAACGGACACAUCAUCCGAUGAAGAGCUUGAAAGUGAUAAGUCACGUAGUAUUCGUGUUGCAAUGCGUAAUAAAAUGAAAAUGCAAGCGCAAAUGAUACUUAGUGAAGAGCUUGGUGAGAAAUUAGAUGUUCUUACUAAAUUGGUAGAAGAUGGUACUCAAAGGAAACAAAAUCAACAAAAACAAGUUGAGAGUAUUGAACAUUCUGUCGAGAAUAAAAACAAUGAAAAAGUUGAUAAAAACAGUAUUUUACCAAAAGAUAAAGAUAUUCUAACGUUUCACACUUUUCGGAAUAAAUUAAAACAAUCGCAAAAUUUUAAACAAUCGCAUUCUGUUUCAUUAAGUUUGUUAGGAAAUCGUAAAGAUGAAGAUGAUGAUAAGAAGAUUCUUACCAAGGAAAGAUCAACUGAUGAAAAUAUCAGAAAGUCUACAGAUGAUAGUUCACGCAGAUCCAGAGAGCGGGAUAAUCGAGAAAAAGAUCGCGACAGGACUUCUCGUUAUUCUGAUGAUAGGCGUGAUCGUGAUCGUGAUCGAGAUCGAGAUCGUGAUCGUAAUCGUGACCGAGAUCGAGAUCGAGAUCGUCGCUCUUCGCCAUCUAGAAAAAAAUAUGAUCGUUAUUCACCAGAUAGAAAAAAGAGAAGUUCACCACCAUCCCGAAAAUACGGUUCACCGGAUCGUAAAAAAUAUGGUAGAGAUGAUCGAUCAUCAUAUCAAGAUGAUAAAUAUUCAAAAAAAUCAGAUAAUGGAAAAUUUAGUAAAGACAAAGAUGGCAAACGAGAUGAUGCAAAAUCAGAAAAAAAUGACGAAAGUGGAGAAAAAGUCAAAUUUCCAGUAGCAGCACAACAAAAGAAAUUGCCAUUAAUAGGAAGAAUGCCGUUAUUUAAGAAGAAACAAGAUAAUGAUGAUAAAAAAAGUAAUGAAAUUGAUAAAUCUAGGAGUAAAUUUUCAUCAGAUUAUAAUAAUACAACUAAUUUACCUGCUCCAGGACUUGUACAUGUUACAAAAUUGUCUGGUAAUGAAUAUAAGUUCACACCUGAAAAUCCUCCUCCUCCACCACAGAUUAUUCCAGAUCCACCUAUGAUAAUUCCUGAACCACCACAAAUAUCUGCCUAUAUGUGUGCACCUCCACCUCCAGUUUUAUCUCAACACAUGAUGGAGCCACCAGAGGAGCAUAUGCCAAUGAUGAUGAUACCACAAGAACAACAUGCACAAAAAGGAGGUCUUCCACCCGAUUUACAAGAUGCAUUAAAUAUAAUAUUCCCAGGAGAUAUGCCCAAAGAUGCCGAGGGCAAUGCACCACAAGAAGCUAUGAUGAUGGCUCAAUAUCAAAUGAUGGAAAAUUACGCAUAUACUGGAUACGAUGGAUACAAUGUUGAACAUCAACCUAUUAUGCCACCUCUUCCUCCUAACAUGUCCGAAAGUAAUGUAAAGAAAGAUAAUGGGAAUCCUCCAGAUAAAAAUCACAUGGAAAUUGAUGAUUUAGCUAUGCUCGGUAUUGAUGCGGAAGAUUUAGCCGCUCAGAAUUUAUAGUAUAAUAAAUAAGUAUUUUCAAUUUAAAUAACAAUACUUUAUUUUACUAUGUUUGAAGCUGUAUAUAAAUAAUUAUGAUUUUAUUAUCGUCAAUUAUUCUUCCUCCAAUUAUGUUUAUAUUUAUAUAGUUUUAGCAUUGGCUUAAACUAUAUGUACAUUAUUCUUCUGAUCAACAAAGGUUUAUGAAACUUUUUGGUCGAUACACACAUACUUGUAGAAUAUAUUAGUAGUUUGUUACACAAAGAAAGAAAGGAAACUAUUUUCUUAAAGCCUUUCCUACAAUUAAAGUAUGUAGUGUACAGGAGCACAAUCUCUGUGUUAGAAACGUGACUCUAAAAUUGCAUUUAAUUAAGAUGGCAUUGGUGUUCCAGAAGACAUACAGUUCAUGCAUAUACAUGCACAUAUACGCUCCGCUACGCGAGCGCUAUUAUAGUCAUUUUAUUUAAUCUUAUUUUGGUGUCACUUUUUAAGCCAAACAGCUACAAGAGAUUCCUUUACCUCUACACUCUAUAAAUUAAGGUAAUAUAAUGUAAGUCGUAUGUGACUUUUAUUCUAGAUAACCUCAAAUGUUAAAUAUGGCUUAUAUUGUGCAUGUGUCCGACAUACAACAGACGACUGCAAUUGUAGAAUAGGAUUAAUCUUAUUGAAAAAUAGUAUUUCGAGUAAUUCGGCAAAUAAUAAAUUUGAUUCUUCAUUCUAAUUUUAAUAAGUUCAUUCUCGUCCCAUAUGUGCUUAACGAUAAUGUUACUUAAGCAUAUUAAACUAAACAAAUAAUUACUUUACACCAGUGUUUGUUCUAAUAGAAUUUCUACUAAGCGAUACCGAGCAAAUUGGCGACUUCUCAAAGUUAACUUAUUGAUAGUGUUAUUUCAUCCUAUCAAAGUUAAUAUACUGUGCGCUCGUAUUGGUAAAACAAGGCCAUCAUUUUUAUCUUUCUGAAUAAGACGAAAUUUUCAAUUUCGCAUAUUUUGCAGCUUGGCUGCAACAAGAGAACAUGCCAAUAUAGCUAAAACUAUAUAACUUAAUCUGUAUCCGUAAUAUAACACGAUAAUUUCAAAUGUUAUUGUUCAAAAAUAAUGCGUGUAUUAUAACAGUAUUUUAUCAUUUUAUAAUAUUCAAUUGGAGGUAGAAUAAACUAAACAAAUUACGAAAAAAAGCGUAAAAAUUUAAA